GGUAACCGUAUUUGUGUUCAAGCUCACUCAGCCAUGCAAAUCUUCGUGAAGACUCUCACGGGUAAGACCAUCACUCUCGAUGUGGAAGCCUCUGAUACCAUCGAGAAUGUCAAGGCGAAGAUUCAAGACAAGGAGGGUAUCCCUCCGGACCAGCAACGUUUGAUCUUCGCUGGCAAGCAGUUGGAGGACGGUCGCACUUUGUCCGACUAUAACAUUCAGAAGGAGUCAACCCUCCAUUUGGUUCUUCGUCUGCGAGGUGGUAUGCAAAUCUUCGUGAAAACUCUCACGGGUAAGACCAUCACUCUCGAUGUGGAGGCCUCUGAUACCAUCGAGAAUGUGAAGGCGAAGAUUCAAGACAAGGAGGGUAUCCCUCCGGAUCAGCAGCGUCUCAUCUUCGCUGGUAAACAACUCGAAGAUGGACGUACCUUAUCGGAUUACAACAUCCAGAAAGAGUCCACCCUUCACUUGGUUCUCCGCCUCCGAGGUGGCUGUCUUGUGAGCAUUCUGAGUUCUGUAGUUUAUUGAAAUACACCGUUAGUGUCGGCUUGGUCAGCCGAUGUAGUGGCGUCGACUAGCUAGUGAGCUCCUCUAGUAUUAUAUAAUAAUUGACAAUUGGGGUCUUGCUGCUACUGCUAUUCUAUACGAGCAUAUGUACUAGGUUAAUAGAAACGCUCAUUUGC